CAUAGGCAUUUCCUCUGCUCUUUCUGGUAAAUUGAAGUUCCGCAUCUUCCAGCAUUCACUGAGAAAGUUCUCGCCUUCACUUUCUUGCGACGUUUUCUCGUCAACCAAACAGAAAAUUGUGCCGCCAGUCUUCUGGAGGAUGCGAUCUGCACAUUACUGACGAAGCUUUGAAGUCCUAGGGUUUACCUGAUGCAAUCUAGGAUGGCGUCAAUUGUAAUCAAGCUAGGGUUAUUCCUAUCUGUGCUUUGCCUCAUGUUUUUGCCUUCUCAAUGUGCGGUUAUGAGUAUAGAUCUAGGCUCUGAAUGGGUGAAAGUUGCGGUAGUGAACCUUAAGCGCGGGCAGAGCCCAAUCACAGUCGCUAUUAACGAGAUGUCGAAGCGAAAGUCCCCUAACUUGGUUGCAUUUCAUUCUGGUGACCGCCUUCUUGGUGAGGAAGCAGCUGGAUUGGUUGCUCGGUACCCGGAGAAAGUCUACUCUCAAACAAGGGACUUGAUUGGAAAACCCUUUAGUUCCAGCAAAACCCUUUUGGAUUCAUUGUACUUGCCAUUUGACGUUACAGAGGAUACUAUGGAAACUGUUAUUUUCAAAAUUGAUGAUAAAGUGACUACUUAUUCAGUCGAGGACCUAGUGGCGAUGAUUUUAGGUUAUGCUGCAAAUUUGGCAGAGUUUCAUUCAAAAGUGCCUAUAAAGGAUGCUGUAAUUUCAGUUCCUCCGUACUUUGGGCAAGCAGAGAGAAAGGGGUUACUCCGAGCGGCACAGUUGGUGGGGAUUAAUGUUCUUGCUUUGAUAAAUGAGCAUUCUGGUGCAGCAUUGCAGUAUGGGAUUGACAAGGAUUUCUCAAAUGAGUCAAGGCAUGUAAUUUUCUAUGAUAUGGGCACCAGCAGUACCUAUGCGGCACUUGUUUAUUUCUCGGCGUAUAAUGCCAAGGAGUUUGGAAAGACCGUGUCAGUCAACCAGUUUCAGGUCAAGGAUGUCAGAUGGAACCCACAACUUGGGGGCCAGAACUUGGAAUUACGGUUGGUGGAGUAUUUUGCAGAGCAGUUCAAUAAACAAGUAGGGAGCGGUGUUGAUGUGAGGAAGUCUCCAAAAGCAAUGGCUAAAUUGAAGAAACAGGUCAAGCGUACAAAAGAAAUUCUAAGUGCAAACAAAAUGGCUCCAAUAUCUGUUGAAUCCCUUUAUGAUGAUCAGGACUUCAGGAGCACGAUAACUCGUGAAAAGUUUGAAGAGCUCUGCGAAGAUCUGUGGGAGAAGUCGCUAAUACCUCUUAAGGAAGUGCUCAAGCAUUCUGGUUUAAAGGUAGAUGAGAUAUAUGCAGUGGAACUGAUAGGAGGAGCUACUAGGGUGCCAAAGUUGCAGGCUAAGCUUCAGGAAUAUCUUGGAAGGAAAGAGUUGGAUAGACAUCUGGAUGCUGAUGAAGCUACAGUUCUUGGUGCAGCAUUAUAUGCUGCUAAUUUAAGUGAUGGAAUCAAACUGAACCGUAAGUUAGGGAUGAUUGAUGGUUCUACCUAUGGGUUUGUGCUUGAGUUAGAUGGCCCUGAUCUUCAGAAAGAAGAUAGCACUAGGCAGACACUUGUGCAACGGAUGAAGAAACUCCCCAGCAAGAUGUUCAGGUCCUUUAUCCAGAGCAAAGAUUUUGAAGUGACACUAGCAUACGAGAGUGAAGACCUUUUACCCCCUGGUGCCACCUCUCCUGUAUUUGCUCAGUACUCUGUGUCCAGUUUGACAGAGACAAGUGAGAAGUAUGCAUCACGAAAUUUGUCUUCACCCAUUAAAGCAAGUCUGCAUUUCUCUUUGAGUAGAAGUGGUGUAUUGUCGUUGGAUCGUGCAGAUGCUUUUAUUGAAGUGUCAGAAUGGGUAGAAGUUCCUAAGAAGAAUCUGACUACUCAGGAGAAUUCAACUAAUGUUGCACCCAACAUAUCGACUGAAACUGGUGCUCAGAACACAUCAAAAGAAAGCAAUGGCAAUACUGAUGAUGGUGGAAAUAGUAACAGUUCCAACUCUACAGUAGAAACAGACAUCGUUAUUGAAAAAAAGCUGAAAAAGCGGACCUUUAGGAUUCCACUGAAGAUUGUCGAGAAAACAGUCGGACCUGCGAUGUCUCCUUCAAAGGAAUCUCUUGCUGAAGCAAAACGUAAAUUAGAAGAAUUAGACAAGAAGGAUGCAGAGCGGAGGAGGACGGCAGAGUUGAAAAAUACCUUGGAAGGAUACAUAUAUGGUACCAAAGAAAAGUUUGAAACAUCUGAGGAAUAUGAAAAGGUUUCAACUAGUCAGGAACGCCAAUCCUUUAGGAAGCUAGAUGAGGUGCAAGAGUGGCUUUACACCGAUGGUGAAGAUGCUACUGCUUCAGAGUUUCAGGAACGCCUAGAUGUGCUAAAAGCUAUUGGUGAUCUGAUAUUCUUCAGAUUCAAAGAGCUCACUGCUCGGCCAGAAGCAGUGGAACACGCUCGAAAGUACCUUGUUGAAGUGCAACAGAUUCUACGUGGAUGGGAGUCAAACAAACCCUGGAUUCCGAAAGAUCGAACAGAUGAGGUUGCGAGUGAUGCUGACAAGUUGAAGAAGUGGUUGGACGAGAAGGAGGAUGCGCAGAAAAAGACUCCUGCACAUAGCAAACCAGCAUUCACAUCGGAUGAAGUGUUCGGGAAGGUGUUUGAUCUGGAAGAUGAGGUUGCUAGAGUCAACAGAAUCCCCAAGCCCAAGCCUAAAAUUGAGAAACACACAAGCAAUGAAACCGAGAGCAGCGGAGAAAAAGCUAAGGAUUCUGACUCGAGUUCUGAUAAUUCUUCACAAGAUGACCAGAAAGCCGGAGACUCAGAUGACUCAGCAAAUGAAAAAGUUGAGUCUGAGGGUCACGAUGAGCUGUGAUCUAAUCUCAUUGACAUGUCAAUUAGCCUUAGUGAACUGCCUUCCCAACCACCGUGGAUUGGCAUCGAUACGGAAGAAGGGAGAAUGCACCUGCAAUUUUCAGACGUAAGAAAAGAGUAGAGUUGAGCAUGGUUUUCAGCUGCCGUUUGGCGGUCUGAAGAAUAGUUGCUCAAGAACUACAUCUCUCUUGUUACUUAUACUGCUAUCAUCUUGUACCCACAUUACGUAGGGGCACAGAUCGAUUUUCUGCUUUGCCUCGUUAGAGAGAAGUUUUGAUCUGCAUCAGACGAUGUGAUAUUGAUAGGGGGGAUUUUUGCUGUUGAGGAAGACUUUGUACCGUCUCAUAUUCUUAUUUAAGGAGAAAGAUUAGUCCUUUCUUGAA